GGUUUGUUUGCUUCGGUAGUGACGGAGUUUGGGAGCCAGGCCACUUGCGGGCGGGGGCGUCAGGAGGCGGAUUCCUCCUCCCUUAAGCAUUGGGGGGCGGGGAGGAGGGAGGCCGGGCCUGCGGCCGGGGACCGAGCCGCGAAAAGACAGAGCUAGCAGCAGAUAUGGACGGCGACGGGGUGCCGUGGGGCAGCGAGCCGGUCUCGGGUCCCGGCCCCGGAGGAGGCGGAAUGAUCCGCGAGCUGUGCCGGGGCUUCGGUCGCUACCGCCGCUACCUGGGUCGGCUGAGGCAGAACCUGCGCGAGACCCAGAAGUUCUUCCGCGACAUCAAAUGCUCCCACAACCACAGUUAUCCCUCCUCCCCCACGGGCGGCGGCUGCACUGAGCCCAGCCCUGCUGAAGAUGUCGCCGAAACCCGGCUGCAGGCGGGCCACCUGAGCUGCAUUUCCUUUCCACCUAACGAAGAAAAGUACCUCCAGCAGAUUGUGGACUGCCUCCCUUGCAUAUUGAUCCUCGGCCAGGACUGUAAUGUCAAAUGUCAGCUGUUGAACCUGCUAUUGGGGGUGCAGGUGCUUCCCGCCACCAAGCUGGGCAGUGAGGAAAGCUGUAAGCUCCGGCGCCUCCGCUUCACCCAUGGGACUCAGACUCGGGUCAGCCUGGCACUCCCUGGAAAGUAUGAACUAGUGCACACACUGGUUGCUCACGAAGGCAACUGGGAGACCAUCCCUGAGGAGGAUCUGGAGGUUCAAGAGGACAGUGAGGAUGCUGCCCAUGUUUUAGCUGAAUUGGAGGUGACGAUGCGCCAUGCUCUCUUACAGGAAGUGGACGUCGUGGUAGCACCGUGCCAAGGCCUCCGGCCCACAGUGGAUGUUCUGGGUGACUUGGCGAAUGAUUUCUUACCUGUGAUAACUUAUGCACUCCACAAAGAUGAACUCUCUGAGAAGGAUGAGCAAGAGCUUCAGGAAAUUCGAAAGUAUUUCUCCUUUCCUGUAUUCUUUUUCAAAGUGCCGAAGCUGGGUUCGGAGAUAAUAGACUCUACCAGGAGAACAGAGAGCGAAAGAUCGCCACUUUAUCACCAACUGAUUGACCUGGGCUACCUAAGCAGCAGUCACUGGAACUGUGGGGCUCCCAGCCAGGACACGAAAGCUCAGAGUAUGUUGGUGGAACAAAGUGAGAAACUGAGACACUUGAGCACAUUUUCUCACCACGUGCUACAGACUCGCCUGGUGGAUGCAGCCAAGGCCCUGAACCUGGUACACUGCCACAGCCUUGACAUCUUCAUUAACCAGGCCUUUGACAUGCAGCGGGACCUGCAGAUUACUCCCAAGCGUCUGGAAUAUACUCGAAAAAAGGAGAAUGAGUUGUAUGAGUCGUUGAUGAAUAUUGCCAAUCGAAAGCAGGAGGAAAUGAAGGAUAUGAUUGUCGAGACACUUAAUACCAUGAAGGAGGAACUUCUAGAUGAUGCUACCAACAUGGAGUUUAAAGAUGUCAUUGUCCCUGAGAACGGAGAGCCAGUAGGCACCAGAGAGAUCAAAUACUGCAUUCGACAGAUCCAGGAACUCAUCAUCUCCCGGCUUAAUCAGGCAGUGGCUAACAAGCUAAUUAGCUCAGUAGAUUACCUACGUGAGAGCUUUGUUGGAACACUGGAACGAUGUUUGCAGAGCCUGGAGAAGUCCCAAGAUGUCUCAGUUCAUAUCACCAGUAAUUAUCUCAAACAGAUCUUAAAUGCUGCCUAUCAUGUUGAAGUCACGUUUCACUCAGGGUCCUCAGUUACAAGGAUGCUAUGGGAGCAAAUCAAGCAGAUCAUCCAGCGCAUCACAUGGGUGAGCCCACCUGCUAUCACUCUGGAAUGGAAGAGGAAGGUGGCGCAGGAAGCCAUCGAGAGCCUCAGUGCCUCCAAAUUGGCCAAGAGCAUUUGCAGCCAGUUCCGUACUCGGCUCAACAGUUCUCAUGAAGCUUUUGCAGCCUCUUUGCGGCAGCUGGAAGCUGGCCACUCUGGCCGGUUAGAAAAAACUGAAGAUCUAUGGCUGAAGGUUCGAAAAGAUCAUGCCCCACGCCUGGCCCGCCUUUCUCUGGAGAGCCGUUCUUUACAGGAUGUCUUGCUACAUCGUAAACCUAAACUGGGACAGGAGCUGGGCCGGGGCCAGUAUGGUGUGGUGUACCUGUGUGAUAACUGGGGGGGACACUUUCCCUGUGCCCUCAAAUCAGUUGUCCCUCCAGAUGAGAAGCACUGGAAUGAUCUGGCCUUGGAAUUUCACUACAUGAGGUCUCUGCCCAAGCAUGAGCGCUUGGUGGAUCUCCAUGGUUCAGUCAUUGACUACAACUACGGUGGUGGCUCCAGCAUCGCUGUGCUUCUCAUUAUGGAGCGGCUGCAUCGGGACCUCUACACAGGGCUAAAGGCUGGGCUGACCCUGGAGACACGUCUGCAGUUAGCCCUAGAUGUGGUGGAGGGAAUCCGCUUCCUGCACAGCCAGGGACUGGUUCAUCGUGAUAUCAAACUGAAAAAUGUGCUGCUGGACAAGCAGAACCGUGCCAAGAUCACUGACUUAGGAUUCUGCAAACCAGAGGCCAUGAUGUCAGGCAGCAUUGUGGGGACGCCAAUCCACAUGGCCCCUGAACUUUUCACAGGGAAGUAUGAUAAUUCCGUGGAUGUCUAUGCUUUUGGGAUUCUUUUCUGGUAUAUCUGCUCAGGCUCUGUCAAGCUCCCUGAGGCAUUUGAGAGGUGUGCCAGCAAAGACCAUCUAUGGAACAAUGUGCGGAGAGGGGCCCGGCCAGAGCGGCUUCCCGUGUUUGAUGAGGAGUGCUGGCAGUUGAUGGAAGCCUGUUGGGAUGGUGACCCCUCGAAGAGGCCUCUCUUGGGCAUUGUCCAGCCCAUGCUCCAGGGCAUCAUGGACCGGCUAUGCAAGUCAAAUUCUGAGCAGCCAAACAGAGGACUAGAUGAUUCUACUUGAAAGCAAAGACAUUUUUCUUUCACCCUCUAUUUCUUUCCUUUCCCUCACAUUUUGGCCGUGGGGAGAAUUUGACAUUUAUUCACUAUAGGGCGCUCCGAAGGGAAUUGGUGCUUGCUGGGCAACUUGAGACCUUCCCAGACAGAGAUGACUCCAGGACAGUGAAGAGUUGGAUGACUGAGCAUAUUCAGCAGUUCCCUAAAGCUCCAAGCUAUCCCGUUAGCAAAAGAGUGUCUAAGACACGCAAAAGCUGAGGAAUACGAUGUUCUGGCCUCACAGCUGAAAAGGAGGCAAAUGUUACCAUUGUCUACACAUUGUAUAUGUUUCUAAGACAAGUGGGAGAGUGCAGUGGCAAUAAUAUUAAAACCUAUCAUUUUCCUGAUUUGGGGGCUCUAGCUAGGAAUAGUUUGGUCAGGACCCUUUAGAAGAUAUGAGCUUAGUUCUGGGAUUAUGAGAACAUGGGGAAAAAAACCAAACAAACAAAAACUUAGAGAUGUCUGGUUCCUGCUGUCUGCAACCAGGGAUAUCAGGCUGUAACAGUCAGAAGCCCGGUGAGGGAGGUAGAAAGAAAGCUAUGUGCUGUUCCCAGUGCCAUUGUGUUUACAUAUAGAAGGCAGUCCCUGAUUCUGGUGUUAUAUCACCAAAGGCCAAGAAACAACAAAGGAAAGAAUGUGUGUGUAUGUAUGUGUGGGUAUACACACAUAAGCUGUUGGAUUUUGAGUUACUGCCAACCCCCAAACAGAAUCUAUUGUACCCUUGGGUCUUUUUUUUUCCCUUUUUUUUUUUUUUUUGCAGUUUUUGGCGGGGGCUGGGUUUGAACCCACCACCUCCGGUAUAUGGGGCCGGCACCCUACUCCUGUGAGCCACAGGUGCCACCCUUUUCCCUUUCUUUUUGUCUCAAGGUGGGAAAACUCUGGAUAACAUGGUACUUCAGAGCAAAUAAUCUGAGCAAAACCAGCCCAAUGUGAAAUAUUUGGCGGGGACCUGAGAAGUGGGAAUUAUCUGGAAACUGUGGCCUGCAUUCAAACCUAAUGAAAGGAUACCAGUUUGUUUUUAAAACUUAUACAAAUUAGAAAUCCUUCUUUUUGUGUUUGAAUCUUAACACACUGAUGUUUUUAAAACAUUAUCAAUGAGCUUUUGAACCAAGAUUUCUUCUGCAAUUUAUCCCUGUCUUUUAACCUUAUUUUACAUAUGAUCUGUAAGAAGAAAAAAGGAACCAAUGGAAAAAGGAAAACACUCCUCUGGUAGUUCUGUAUAUGUAAACUUUACCCUGGUGUAUUAGUAUAUGGGAAGCUCCCCUCCCUUGAAAUUGGGAGGUGAUAUGGUGGAAUUUCGGAGAGUUCCUUAUAAAGUGUACAUGAGGAGAGUAACUCUGAUUCCAGGCAGAGGAAGGGAACAAUUUAAAUAUUGGGGCAUCUCAGACUUUGACUUCAGGCCUUCCUCUGCCAAUUUGAUCCAUUAGUUCAGAACAACAAGUAGAUGAAGGAAUAGACAGUGAAGGUGAACAGCUCUCUCUAUCUCCCUAGUUCGUGAUCUGGCCCCGGUGUCCAGCCUCAAGUGAAACAGGCCCCCAUGUGGCUAUAUAAAAUGAGUGGUGCAUUUGCUGCUGGGAUUUUCUAGAAUUGUGUGUGACAAAACAACAUCCCUUAAUAUUAACAGUAUAAAUGGAGUCUAUAAUAAGUUUUUCAUAUAACUUAUGAAGUUCAUUUUUAACUCUUUGGCUGUCCUGGGUUCUCAUUAUAGAUACAGUUGAGCAUAGUAGCUCCUACACACUUGCGGCUUUUCAGAAAUUCCAUGUAGUGCUAAAAACCUUUUUUGUUUGCAAAUGAUAAAGUAACUGACCCAGUGUCUUUGGGUUCUAUAGAUUCCAGCAUUGUUUUAGUAGAAUAUUCAGUAUAUAUUAGAGGUUUUUUUUUUUUUUUUGAGACGGAGUCUCAUUUUGUUACCUUCAGUAGAGUGCCGUGGCAGCACAGCUUACAGCAAACUCAAACUCUUGGGCUUAAGCGAUUCUCUUGCCUCAGCCUCCCAAGCAGCUGGGACUACAGGCGCCCACCACAAUACCCAGCUAUUUUUUUUUGCUGCAGUUUAGCAGGCCCAGGCUGGGUUCGAACCCACCAGCCUCGGUGCAUGUGGCCAGUGCUCUUACCACUGAGCUAUGGAGCCGAGCUGAUAUAUUAGAAUUUUUAACACCUAUUUAGUUAUACUCUGUUCUGCUCAGUGUUCAUUCGUUGCCCUUCUUGGAACUAUAAUGGGGCUUCCAGGAAGCCAGGUGUCAAAAAAGGAAGGGUGAGUAGUUUCUAAUGGCUGAAAAAUCACUUUAAGUCAUUUCUAUGUGAAAUUUCAAGAAAAGUUUUAUAUAGUUCCCUUUUUUUUUUCCAGACUAUCUUUUAACUCUGCUAUAUUCAGGAGUCUGUGCUUCCAUUAGGGAGACCACACUCCUAACAUUCUUUGCAAGUCUUAGCUCAUACCCCCAUUCACACGUGGGAGGUUAGUUUAUUUGCCUAUCCAGAGUCCCUUUUUCAUUUAUCCCCAAGGCUUAGUCUGCUACCAGGUUCCAGUUUUCUAGCAGAUUCCCCAGUUUUUUGCUUGGUGGAAAGAGAGAAAGGGAGGGACUAAUGUAAGUAAAGAGAUGAGUAGUUGUGUUAUAGUUCAUUAAAAAAAAUAAGUAUUGCAAGAAAAGGUGCAAAAUAUUCCUGAAAGUCUCCAAGCCAUCCAAAAUCCACAUAUGGAUAUUUAGAGGUAUUAUUUAAAUACUCAGCAGGCUGAGUGCAGGAAUACGUGUGUAUAGCAUGUGUAUACUUUGCUUUUGUUUUACAACAUUGUCAGUUAAUUUUGGGUUCUUUGAUCCUUGGCACCCAUUCUUAUUAAAGUGAUGGAAUGCCAUAAAAUGUACUGUAUUGUAUAUUAGUUGGGAAGACACUAGGUAUUCAAAGAAGUCUGGUGGCACUUGGGCUGUAGAGGGCUCAGUGUAGCCAAAGUCCUCAAAGAUUGCACCUCCAGAUUGUCCAUGUCCCCAAGUGGUGAGGUAAGAUUGUGGCUGGGGAAGAAGGAGGCAUGAAAGAAUAGCACUUACUGUGUUUUGUCCUUCUAAUCGACUUAAUUAGGGCACUUCACUCAAGCACAAAAAAAUGAUGACUUGGCUGUUUUUAAUGAGCUUUAAAUCUGGUCGCUCAUUUUGUUUCAGUACUAAGCAAGCGGUGAUCCUGAAGAGCAGUCAGAAGAAAUGGCUGACCUUGUACCUAGAGAGCUAGUGGCAAGGUCAGUCUGGCAUGGCUGAGGAAGCCUCAGUAUAGCAAGGUUUCCACAGGCAUGUCCUAGUUCCUUGAUCCUCUGCAGAAUAGCUUAUUAAUUGAGCAAGCCCUUCACUUCUCUCCAAAGGGGGACUCGCUGGUUGUCCUCAGACCAAAGAGAGUCACUAUGGACUCCCAUCAGCUUCAAGGGAACAGCCUAGGCAGAAACUUCUCAUUUUUAACACUAAAAUUCAAGGAAGCAGUGGAAGAAAGGAUACAUUCCUACCACAGAAAUAGGGGAAUAGUAGAACUUUCGACUAGUACAUUUUCAUAUCUUUGCUUGAGCUGCCAAAGAAGGGUCACUAAGUGUCUUUCCUGAUGGGAGAAGUGGCUCAGGGUUGCAGGGCUGUGAGCGACAACUGCACUGAAUGACAGUUUACAUUGUGGCUUUGGCUUAUGAUUUAGCACUGAGAAGCCCAGGGGAAUUGGUGAAUACAGUAGCACUUUGGGAAAUUAAGGCACCCUCUGGCCUUACUUUGGAGAGACAGCAUGCUUAGCAUGCUUGGUAUUCCGUUUGGCUAAUGAGGAAAUCUCCAUAGUCCAUAGUCCAUCAGAGUGGGAUUAAGAGUCCAUUGCUGAAGGAGUGGUUGCUUUGAGUUUUCAAAGCUUGCCUUUUGGAUUUGCUGGAUCACAUAACCCACUUUUUAAAAGAAAAGAAAAGAGGAUUUACCCAAAUUAAGGGAAUGGAGAUGGUAGAGUUGGUUCAGUGAUAAAGUGGGUAAGGAGAGAGUGGCCUUGAGAUUUGUAUUGCAAACUCUCCUGGAGGUUUCAGGUAGCACUACUGUCCUUAAAAGGGUUUUAACUUCAUCUGCUUUGUUAACAUCCAGUCCAAUUGUGAUUGCAGAGACUGUGUGAGAAUGCCUGGCAUGGGGGAGGCCACCUUGCCCAGAUUGUUGAAAAGAAAAUUGGUCUGGACAACUUGUUGUCUUUUGUCUUUAUAUAAUGUUUUUUGUUUGUUUUAAAGGACUAAUGUUUAUUACAGUGUUAAAUAAAAGUGUUACAGACUAAGUGUAUAGAAUAAAAGUGCAAUAA